GACCACUGGCCUAUGAACAGUCUUCUCUCCAACCAACCCCCCACCACUUUUGUCACCACCCCUUUCUGAACGCAUUCCUUAAAUCCGCUGCUCAUACUCAUCCUCCUCCCUCUGCUACGCUAUUUCGAUCCUCAAUCCCUCCCUUCGGUUCGCGCAACACCACCCCUCAUCUUCUUUGCCAUGGCGCCCCUCGACGACGUCCAGGUGGGCGACCUGGUCAAUGUCCCCGGGGGCAUGUACGGGACGGUCAAAUACCUCGGAGGCGUGGCGGGAAAGCCUGGAAAGUUUGCCGGCAUCGAGCUGGCGUCGGAGCAUGCCCGGCGAGGGAAAAACAACGGCGACGUCGAGGGCAGAAAGUACUUUUCCACCUCCGUUCCCGGCUCGGGCAUCUUUGUGCCCAUGAACAAUAACAAAUAUGUCACGAAGCGCAUGUCAGGUCCAAGUUCGAUGGGGAGCGGCGGCCCUCCCACCCCCUCCCGGCCCAUCAAUUUCAGCAAGUCCGUCGGUCCUGGUCCCGCGAUGCGCCCACCGCGCGUGAGGCGCCCUUCUCUUCCACGCCCCGAGUCCCCUAGGGGACCACCGCCGUCCAAGAUGACCCUGACCGGACUGCGAACCCCUUCUGCUGCUGCCUCUCGUGCAGCCCCCUCCAGCAGCUACCCACGCAGUCCAAUCAAGGCCCCGUCACGCGCCUCGGAUCGUCCCCCAUCCCGUGUGAGUCGAGUGAGCACAGAGGAUGAUAUUCCAUCUACAAGGACUUCUGAAGUCCGCCGAUCAUCGAUGGAAGGAGAGGUGCAGGACCUGAAGGACCACAUCAAGAGCUUGGAAACACAGCUACUGGACCGUGAUAGACAGUUGGACGAACAAGCCGCUACCCUCUCGGAUUUCCAGAGAACCCUGGAGGAACUGGAAGGGUCGGAUUCCCUGUCCAUUCGGGCCCAAUUGCGUGAAAGAAAUGAAAGAAUUGCCCAACUCACAGCUGAGUUUGACUUGCACCGGGCGGACUUCAGAAGCACCUUAGACACGUUAGAGGUGGCCGCAUCGGAGACAGAGCGGGUCUACGAACAGCGACUGGAUGAGUUGAUGCAACAGAACAAGGAACUUCAGGACCGCGGAGAGGAUGUCGAGGCUGUUGCGCGACAGCUCAAGCAGUUGGAGGAAUUGGUCUCCGAGCUGGAGGAGGGCCUGGAGGACGCACGGCGCGGGGAAGCCGAAGCCAGGGCCGAAGUGGAAUUCUUGCGCGGGGAAGUCGAGCGGACAAAACUCGAGCUCCAGAAAGAGCGGGAUACCAAGGACAUCCAUACAACUGGCGAUGCACCGUACCACUCCAAAGAACUCGAACAGAAGGACGACGAAAUUCGCGGUCUGAAAGCCAUCAUCCACUCCUUGAGCCGGGGUGACCCGGACUUGCAUGCGUUGCAGCAGGGUGGAUUUGCAACGACCGCACCGGAUCAUGAUCCGGAGCAUAUCGCCCAUCUGGAACAGCGUGUAGAGGAAUAUGAGCGCCUCACCGAACGAAAGGCAUACCGCAUCGAAGAACUUGAACGCGAGCUCCAACAGUUGCAGCUGAAUGGCGACACUCACACCCAUACCUCCUCCAGGAUCACUCCCUCGCCAAACAGCCAUAAAGCACCUAGUUCCAAUGGGAAGCUUACAAACGGUGGUGGAAUUGGCCAUGCGCAUCGGCUGUCAGAUCGUACUGUCGUUCCGAGCGACUGGCAAGAUUCGCCUCCGCAUGACGGCCAAUACCAGGCCUACUCUACCCGCCACCGUGGUGUUUCGGACGCCUCUCACCAUCGCCUGGAGACAAUGCACGAAUCAGACGGCCGCUCGGAGGAUGGUGGCUCGCUGUGGUGUGAGAUCUGUGAAACUGGAGGGCACGAUAUUUUGACCUGCACAAACAUGUUUGGCGCAGAGAGCAAGAACAAGGCCUCGGAUGAUGUGGAGCCAGCCCACGAUGACAGCUCAAUCGAUGAGAAACAGACUCCCGAGGCUUCCACCGAUGAGCCCUCCACCUCCUCACAUCUUGACGAGAACACCCCUCUUCGGAAGACCGGCCAUGACGCCGUUCUUGAAGGGCUGAAAGGACACAGUGUGCCACCUUCGAUGGGCUCUGUUGCUGGAAAGGAAAGCGGAGUGGUGGACGAGUCAAAGUGGUGUGCUCUUUGCGAAAGAGAUGGCCACGAUAGUAUAGACUGUCCGUUUGAUGAUUGAUUGAAGACCGAUGUGGAUGCAUGAAACAUGGCAGGCUAUGACCAGGUUUGUCCUGACGGAUGGUCAUGGUGCUGCACCGAUGAGUGAGAUGUCUGUCCGAAAGUUGGUUAAGUGGACUUUUUAUUUCUGGGAUCCUUUUGAGCCGUGAUAUAUGCAAUGCCCGGCGUCCAACGCGCAGUAUACCUGGGCCUCAUUUCAAGGAUAUCCUUCUCCUUUCCGUUCCCUUGAUGGCAUAUGUUUUGGCGGCAUUUCUGGUCUUUCUUUCCUUUUUGGCUGUACGAAUCACAUAGCGCGCUUUGCAAGGGUUGCCCGUUGUUCAAGGCGGCUGUACUAUUCAACCUGUGUUAU